AUGGGUAGGCAUGCAACUCAGCAGCAGCCUCUGCUGCAGCCUCAGCAACAGCAACAGAGCCAGCACCCGUGCCAGCCACAGCCACAACAACCCAGCCACCUUCAACGGCAGCAACAACAACAUAUCCCACAGCAGCAUGAGCGCCGCUGUUACCAGCAUAAGCAAGAAGAACAGCACCAACGCGAUGUGGUGCAAAAAGAGGCAGCUGCUCUCUCCCAGAGAGCUGCAAGCCUGCCUCCUUCCAUUAGGCAGGCGCCACCUUGCGUUUCCGUGCAGAGCAUUCCCAACCACAUUCAACAACAGCAGAAUCAGCAACUGCACCACCAGCAGCCACAGCAGUUUCUGCACCAGCAAAUAAAUGGUAGCAGUUAUCAAGCGGCGGAGUUUCUAAAAGGUGAUCUCAUGGGGGCCCCUUCUUUAAGUGGCACUGCAUCAGGGCCCUUACGCUAUGCUGAGAUGUUUCGAGGGCCAUCCCCCAGCUAUUCCAACCCCCCCGUAUACCCUUCCUUUCCGUUGUCAAACGUGGCACCUCCAACCUUGCAGCAGCAGUGGCAACAACAGCAACAGCAGCAGUGGCAUCAGCAACAGCAGCAAUGGCUGCAGCAACAGUGGCAGCCGGCGAUGCAGUUGCAGCAGGAGAUAAGGCCAGCGUAUGGAGCCCCUGCAUUUGCUGAGCCUGUGAAGCCGAUCUGUGCGAUGCUGCGUCCUACCCAGCUGCUCCCCAUGAGGCUGUUGGGUGACCUCCGGCUGUAUGUACCCCAUCGCGAGCCCUUCCUGGGUGAAGGAGGAAGCGUGCACAUGUACCUUCUAGGCAAGCAGGUAAAGCACUCUGUGGCAACCGACGAGGCGGAAGAGUGCACCCGAGACGUCUUAGCCCUCAUUGAAGCUCGGCAUGUCCCUGCAGACAGCACGAUGCCCCUCCUCAUACACGAUGGUCAUGUGGUAUGUGGGGGGCCUGAAGUGUGUCUUCGGUAUUUGGCCAAAAAGCUCGGUCAGUACGGCAGCGACCACCUCAAGGAUGCACUACAAGACAGAUUGCUAAUGGACCUCAAUACUUGGUUCAAUGUUCAGCAGGCGGCAAUUCAAUCAAUUCUGUCCCCUGAUACGAUGGCAAGGGACGCUGUCAGCGACUACCUGAAGAGCCGACGUCAUUUCUACCUGGAAGCCGAGAAGCUGUUGUCGUUUUUCAACAGCAAGAACGCAUGCGCCCAACCUGGGCUGGAAACCUCGCUGAGGGCCUCCACCGUUUCUCUAGACGCAUCCAUAAGGGGCCCCAUGGACACCCGGAUGCAGCCCUUCUUCCUUGGGGAGGAAGAUUCCCUUGCAGAUUAUUUUCUCUUCUCGCUUAUUGACGACGACCAACGAAUUGCCGAGUGCCUUAUCAGCAGCAGCAGCGAGGGAACCUCCAACAGUGAUAAGACGCAACAGCAUCAACAGCAGCAGCGAGCAGACUCUGAAGCUUCAGAGGUGGAAAUGCACUACUUCAACGAAACACCUCACUUGCAUUCCCUCUACGUGGCUUUGCUGAACCUUCCCCUUAUACAAGAGGCGUUGCUGUCGAGCGACAGCCAUGACGGAGCACCAGGACCAACAGCAGGAACAGCAGCGGCAGCAGCCCAAGAAGACAUAAGUCCAGAUGACUCAGGGCAAUCAAAGGACCGGAUGGCCCCUUGCGUUGCUACAGAAGCAUCCACUGCUGCGUCGGUUAGCGACUCUCCACUGCAGCACCUGCAGCGCCAGCAGCUGGUGCAGCUGCAACAGCAGCAACUGAAGCAGCUGCAACAUCAGGGCCUUACGGGCUCCCUUGUCCAGUGCGGAGAAGGGCCCCAGUCUUACUUCCUGCCACAUCUGGGGGGUAGCUACUGCCUACCGCGAACCCCAGCUGCUGCUGCAGCGCUGCACACCACGCUUCCCAGGGGAAUCUCACGGGGUAUCCAGGGGGCCCCCUACGCCUAUGCCAGCGGUGCUGGCUACGUGCAGCACAUGAUGCUUCCACAGGCUGGAGCAGCACCACCCGCCGGGGCUUCUUUCACUGGGACGUGCGGGGCAACCCCAAGCUACUGGCAACCCCUGACACCUGGGGGACCACUGCAACGCCAGCAAAGCUUACAAACUGCAGAGUGCAGCAUCUACACAGGCCUCAAUCCUGGUACUUCCCAUGCGCAGCAGCAACUGCUUAUGCAGCAACUGCAGCAUGCAGGGCGAAAAGGGCCAAGUAUGCAUGAUAUGCAGCACCCCCAGAACCCACCACCUGGCUCUUCGCCGCAGGGAGCUGUCGGUGGCGAUAUUGGAGGGGCAACCAAAUGA